CAGAUAGACUUAGAUCGAUAUAACGUUCAACAAUUGGAACAAGUAAGACUGACACUUGCAGGGUGUGUGAAUUGUAUGGGAUGUUGUUCGUCAUCCUAUAAAAUAUUACAGUGAUGUCAGAGUCAACACCAGGCAGCCAAAAGAAGGGGGUUGCGAGGGAGGCCGAUCACUCUUCACAGGGAAAUAGUCAGCAGAUGCAAUUCGGAAUUCUAUAUCCAAGCACUAGCCUAGCCGGAGACCGACCUUCAAACAAAGCUCCCGGGACCAUUGAGGAAAAUAAGAACAUCAGAACAGAUAGUGAUGGACACAAAACUAUGCAGAGAUCCACGCUCUAUGAAACACAUACACAAUCCAAAUUUACGAAUCGCAGUUCAUACAAUGAUAAAAGUAUUCAGCCAAAACUUAAAUAUACAGGAAAGGGACCACCAAAGGUAUUGCACGGAAAUAACAAUCAGCAAUCAGCUGCAAGCGUUAGACAAUCUGGAAGAUCAAAACAUGUCAUCUUACAAGGAGAUGCUUCUAGCUAUGGAUCUGCAUUUGAUACAUCAGCUGGCAGUGACAAGUUGAAAAGCAAUGGUGAAUACGAGAUUUCAAAACAAGGAAGAGUCUGGUGCAUUCGAGAUUUGAAAACAAACAAACUGACAACGUUAAAGACUAUCAAGGCUGAUGAAGUUUUCUUUGAAAGCAAAGAAUUAGUUAGUGUUGAUGGCGUGUUUCACCAACUGAUUGUGCAUAAUGGGAAAAAACCUAAGCUCGAAAUAGCAGAGAGGUCUUCAUCAUCAUCUGAAGACGAGAGGAAACCAAACGCAUGUGAUUUCAGUUAUGGGUCAAAAUCGGAUGAUUAUUCUGAAGCAAGUACGACUCUGAAUAGUUUGCCAGAGUCGGAAGAACCCAGUAGUCGUUUUCAAAAGCAGCCAAACAAAACACGAAAAGAAAACGCAAUGGCAUAUAUGAAGGCAGGGGCAAGAACUGUUUUAUUCAAAGAAACAGAAGCAGAAGAAACACAAGGCAGUGAUGUCAAUCAGUCUGAUGAAAGGGCGAGCAAAAAACAGAACAAUUAUCGCAGCAACUCUGAUAAUGCUUCAGCGAGGCCAAAACGGAGUCUAUAUGAUGGAGAUGACAGAGGGCAAGCUUCUCCAAGUUACAAUACUGGGACCACAGGAGGUUCACAUGAUGGCUCAACAAAACAACCAGGAAAUCCACGAGUUACUGGAACAGGUCAAGAUGCAGAAGUAGAAGAAACACAAGGCAGUGGUGUCAAUCCGUCUGAUGAAAGGGUGAGCAAACAACAGAACGAUUCUCACAGCAAACCUUACGAUGCUUCAGCAAGGCCAAAACGGAGUCGAGUUGAUGGAGAUGGCAGAGGGCAAGCUUCUCCAAGUCCUGUGUCCACAGGGGAUUCACAUGAUGGCUCAACAGAACAACCAGUGAUGCCACCAGUUACGGGUACAGGUCAAGCUGCUCAAGAUGGUAAAGAAAUUCAUGGAAUUGAAAAAGAGAUUGUUGAAGCUAUGGAAGAAACAAAAUCAGAAUCUGAGUCUGUGGUUGAACUUCAACAUGUCCACCACACCUUCACUGAAACGGAUGGUUUGAUUUUAGUGAACAUGUAUGUUAAAGAAGUGGACAAGGCCAGUCUGAAGGUCAACUUCUGUCCAGAUACUGUACAGGUCAAGUUCCGGACUAGGGAUGCCCAGUUCCUGAAGCUUUGCAAGGGCAGCACAGAGAAUACCAAGUUUAGCUGGACUAUAAAACUCAAGGGUCAGGUUCAAGAGGACAACUGCUGGUUCAAGGUCAAUUCUUUAGCUGUUUCCCUGAAUAUCUCAAAGAAGGUGUUUGGCCGCUGGGGAGACCUAGAGAACCUCAAAAGAACAGGGUCAAAAACAAAUCAAGAAGAAAGCCAUACACAAAAAAUUAGAGUAUUGCCAGAAACCCCAAAAAUAGAAAUAGGGUACUCACAACCGAGAAACCAAGAUACGCAAACAAAGGAUGCCAUGCCUGGGGAUGACCAAGGUGAAUCGAAAGAUUCAAUGUUAUCUUUUGAUGCACCAGUCACUAACCUUCAAAGUGAUGGAGAGAAUGAUGCACAAAGUUCAGACUCGGAGACAAAAGAAGAUUCAGCUGGUGGAGGGAUUUUUGCUCAAAGUUCAGAUCCAAAGAAGACAAAAGGUUCAGCCGAUGGAGGGAUUGCUGCACCAAGUUCAGAUCUCAAGAAGACGAAAGGUUCAGCUGAUGGAGGGAAUGAUGCACCAAGUUCGGAUCACAAGACAACAGAAGGUUCACCUGCUGGUGGGAAUGUGUCAUCAAGUUCGGAAUCCAUGAAGUCAGAAGGUUCAGGUGAUGGAGGGAAUGUUAAACCAACGUCAGAUCUUAAGACAACAGAAGAUUUAGGUGAUGGAGGGAAUGUUGAACCAACCUCAGAUCUUAAGUCAACAGAAGGUUCAGGUGAUGGAGGGAAAGUUGAAACAACGUCAGAUCUUAAGACAACAGAAGGUUCAGAUGAUGGAGGGAAUGUUGCACCAACUUCAGAUCUUAGGUCAACAGAAGGUUCAGGUGAUGGAGGGAAUGUUGAACCAACCUCAGAUCUUAAGUCAAUAGAAGGUUCAGAUGAUGGAGGGAAUGUUGCACCAACUUCAGAACUUAAGACAACAGAAGGUUCAGGUGAUGGAGGGAAUGUUGCACAAAGCUUAGAUCCCAAGCUGACAGAAGUUUCAACAAAACUCUCUGAUAUGAAGAAUUUUGUUGAAAAAGAUGUAAAGGAGCAUGUUAACGGAGCAGAGGCAAGUACAAAACAUAGCAGGAGUGAUUUACCAGAUAUGAGACAAAACCAGAGCCAAGAUACAACAGACGAAAAAGACAGAAAUGGACUUGAGAAAGAACUUAAGCCUGAUACACACCAAAAAACAAAAGAGGAAGAGGGUAGAGAAGAACACCCUAAGCCAACCAGUGAAAAACCGAGUGGAAGUGAUGGAAUGCCAAGUUCUUUAAGUACCAAUCCUGGAACCACAGGAGGUCGAACUGGUGAUUCAACAGACCAACCAGAUACAGGAGCAUCCGAGCAAGAUGAUGUGCCACCAUCACUUCCUCCAAGAAACAAAAAAAGGAAAAAGAAAAAUGCAAACAAAGAAACUGACAGUAAAACACAAGGCAAUCUAAUGGAAAAAUCACCAAAAGCUCCUCCACGGACUAGAAAACUGCAGAAAGAUGAAAUUUUUGCUAACUCUCAAACAACAAACAAUCCGGGAACUUUGGAUACUGGUAAGGAAAAUGCUGGAAACGUAGAUGAAGCUAACCAAGCAAAACACAAUACACCAGGUAGCCAGACAGGUUUUCAAUACAGGAACAAUACACACACUGCAGAAGAUUCUGAAAACAGACCAUCUGCAAAUAUUGUCAGUUCAGACAGAGCUUUUAAAAAGCAAACAGUUGAAAUAAAGCAUGAUUUUAGCCAAGGAGAACCAAACAACUCUAAAGUCUCUGACAGUGAUUCUCAAAAGCAUUUAUGUGGAAAGAGGCAAACAAAUGGCACAUAUACCUUUGUCAAAGACGGGGGCUAUUGGUGCAUUCUUGAUGCAAAGUCAGGCGCCUUAUUGACAGUUCUAACAAAGUUUCAGGCAAACGAAAUUUAUUUUAGAGGGAAGUACAGGGUUUUUGUAGACGAGGAACAGUAUACAAUUAAAAAAUUAGGGAAUGGAACGGUAGAAUUGACACCAGUUCAUGAACAAACCCCUCCAUCCAAAAAGGACAAUAGCCAACUGCAAGCAGCACAAAACUCACAGAGAACAACACCUGCAAGUUUUCAGUCUUCUUUGAAAAAUGAAUCAGAGACCACUGAUAACGAAAACAACUGUCAGGGUCCACCUUUGCCAGUACAUGGUAGUACUAUGGACUUUCAUGAUUCAAGAACUGUUCAUCUUGCAUUUUAUGAAGUUUUGAAACAGAAAAUACAUCAUGCAGAAAUUACAGGGGAUGAAGAAAAAGAGACUUGUGAUUGUACAGUUAUAGGACAUGUUCAAAAAGUUGAGGAUGCGAUGAAGCAAAUCCAUUCCAUUGAAACAACGUUGGCAAAAAAUGUGAUUUCUUUUGAUGACAUUAAAAACUGCAAGGUUGAUGCAGAAAGUUUGAAUCUACAUGCAUAUUUUGAAUACCAAAAUACUGCAGGGACGGACACAUACUUCUACUUGAAUUCGGCCAGACGUAAGCUAUACAUAGUGUCAGAAAACCAGCAGAAGGCUGAUAAAGCUACAAAUUCAGUAAAAAAUGUAAUUGUUAAACAGGUUUUAACAAAUACUGAAGAAUCACAUACAGAGGAAGAGACAAGAUUUGAGGACAAUGUUUGUGUUAUAUCCAUGCCUGGAGGAACAACAAAUUUUAUUGGAGCAAAAGCAGAUGUUGAAAGAUGUAUCAGCAAAAGGACAACACGAACGAAAACAAUUGAAAUCCAGAGUGAUGAAUCAUUUCGUCUACUGUGCAACUUUGGUGUGCAGAAUAUGAUUGAUUCAGACAAGGUAUCAAUAGUUGAAAUAACUUCAAACAACAAACAUGGAUUUGUUUUAAAAUCUACAUCUGAGGAUAAUCUGAAAACAGGGGAAAUAAUUAUUAGAGCAUUUGAGAAAUCAAUCUGCCUACAGGUGGUAUGUAUGUCCCAAGAUCAAUUCCAAAAAGAAGACUGGACUGAUAUUUCAAAGCAGCUUUGUGAUAAGCACAGUGUUGUUGCAAACAUAGAGAAUGUUGAAAAGGUAUGCAAUGGUGAAGGAAAUCAUUUGGCCGAAAAGCUGUGUACAUUUUUGAAUUGGAAACUUUCAGACUAUGUGACUUUGAAAUUGUCAAACAGGGAUCCAAAGGAAGCUUGGGAAAGUAUUUUGCUUUAUCCAGUUCCUGAGGAAUACUUUGCUGAGGAAAACACCAAGGCCGGUCAUUCGAAACAAAGAUUCAAGAUAACCAUAGGGAAUAAAGGAGUUUUCAAGUCAUUUCAUAACUUUGAUGAGAGCUUGAAAAAAGGACUUGGAGAAGUUCGCAUGAGAAGCCAUGUGUGUAUACCAGUUGGUGACCAUAAGCAGUUUGAAAAUCUUUCGAAUCUUGUGAAACGCAUUGUCUACAACAUCAAAGAGUGUUUUGUGAAAAUAAGAACUGAGGCAUUGGUCAUUGAGCUCUGUAUUGCAGACAGGAGUAUGUUUCAACAAUGUCAGUCCACUGUUGAAGAUUACUUGAAGACACCAGGGGAAUGUACUCUAUUGAAGCAUCUAUGUAUUUGUCAGCCUCCAGUUAGAUGCAGGAUUGUGAAAGGAAAAGUUCAUGAACAAGAGGUUCAUGUGAUAGUGAAUUCAACUUCAUCAGAUUUGCAAUUGAAUCAUGGGUAUAUAUCAAUGAACAUUCUUGAAACAGCUGGUAAAGAAAUUCAGGACGAGUUAGAUAAGAAGUAUAAGAAACAUAUCGCUGAAUGGGAUAUUGCUGUCACAGAGGGAUAUAAUCUUCCUUGUAUGAAGGUUUUUCAUGGAGCUCCUUCACGAUUAUCGAAAUCGACUGCAAACAAAACGUUUGAGAAACUAGAACAAUUUGUUUAUAAUUGCUUGAAAACUGCUGAAUAUCUUGGGUUCAAAUCUAUUGCUUUCCCUGCAUUUGGAACUGGUAAGCAAUUGAAGUACCCAAAGAAUGAUGUAGCUAUGGCGAUGACGAAAGCUAUCAGCGAUUUCUGUGUGAGAUUUGCAGUGUGCUGCUUAGAAGAAAUCCGGCUUGUGCUGAACGAAUCAGACGACGACCUCAUUCAUGAAUUUGAGACCUCGUUGAGUAAGAGAGUCAACAUACUUGAUGGGAAGAAACAUACAGAAAUAUCCGUGAUAGGGAAGAGUGAAGAUGUCCGCUGUGCGCUUCAGUCCAUGCAAGAAAUAGUACAGGCAAAGUUCAGCGCGAGAUCUAUGACACAUGAUGAACCAGUUGUGCCAACGAUUGAAAGGGAUGGUGACGAUGGUGAAAAUGAAAAGCAGCAAGGACGGUUGGAGGAUGAACCAUCCGUCCAAUUGUAUGUGGUGAUCAAGGGCAUUAAAAUGAAUACAGCAAAACAAGACCUUGAAAAGUUGCUUAAAACUAAACGCUCACCAAAAACGCUGAUUUACCAGAUGGGACAAACUGAAGCUGUAGUGAAAUGUGCUUCCGCUGAAGAUGCAAGGCAACUACUACUACAACAAAAAGAUAACAGCAAUUUACGCUUCGAAAAGGUACCACCACAGCCUCUUGUAAAAAAGAAGAUAACUCUAAAUUGUGAAUCAUUCAAAGCCAUAAAAGAUUGUCUUGAAAAAGUCCCAAUUGACUACAAUGAAAUGAACAAGGAAUAUGUUAUUAGCACCCCUACUGAAUAUGAGUUCAAAAUUGUUUACUCAUUGCUAAAGGAUUACAAGAAACGAAUCCGUGCAGAAAGCAACACUGUCCAUGUUGAAAAGAUAGAAGCAGUCUCGGAGCAAAUGUAUGACAUUUUGAAGAAUAAACUGUUCACAGAGAUUGAAGGUAAAUGGAGUCAUUCAUUCACUCCUGAAAAUGAAAGUCUUUUACUGGAAUUUGAGAACUCUAUGACAGCAACCGAACAUUCGAAGAAAUUUAAUUCUUUUUUUGAGAAACACAAGGAUGAUACCUUCAUGGAUGUGGAAUGCGACAAGUCCCAGAUUGGUACUGAACAAUGGUGUAAGGAGAUAGAGCAAAGCAAUAACGGAGAUGAUUGCUGUGUAUUUGUACCAGACAAGGACAAGGUCAUUGUCUUUUCAUCUUCAUUUGAUGAGUGCAUGAACAUUAAAAAUGCCCUUUUUGUCAAGCAGGGGAAACGCCAAGUUAAACAAACAGGAAGAGCUAGAAGGCAUGUAUCUCCAGAUCAGAAACCAGCAAAGACUGAAGAUCCACAUUUACAUCAGACUUCUGCCAAUCAAAAUGAUGCAAAAUCAAUGAGUUUCAUGACCAAUGAGGGAAUAUCAGUUAAAAUUUACACAGCUAGUAUAUGUAAUCUAGACGUAGACUGUAUUGUUAAUGCUGCAAACGAAAAUCUAGAUCACGGUGGUGGAGUUGCAGCUGCAAUACUAAAGGCUGCUGGAAAAGCAAUAAAUUCAGAGGGAAAGAGUUACAUAAGAACACAUGGCCCUAUACCUGUGGGACAGGUGUGCUGGACAAGUGCUGGAAAUUUAAAAAAUGAUUUAAUAAUACAUGCAGUUGGUCCCCGAUGGUACAACUAUGAUACAUCUUUUUGGCAUGGUGUAGAGAAGUGUGCAAAUGAUUUGAAAGCUGCUCUUUUGAACAGCUUCGAUGCUGCAGACCGACACAAAUAUGCAACAAUUGCAUUGCCAGCAAUUAGUUCAGCCAUUUUUGGAGUUCCGGAGGAUCUUUGUGUUAUGCAGUAUGGAAAAGCAGUUAUUGGAUACAGUGCAAAAUCCCGUGGGACAGGUCUGAAAGAGAUACAUUUUGUCGACAUAAACGAAGGCAUGACUACAAGGAUACGAAACAUGUUUUACAGGAUGCUAACACAAAAUGAAAAACAUCCAUAUACAUAUGAAUCCUUUGUAAUAGCAUCAGGGCGUGGAAGGCGAAGAAAUGAAAAAAGUGACUCACAAUACAAAAAGGACGAGUCUAUGUUUUUUCCUCACAGUCAAGGAGACACGAAAUCUUCUUCGUUUUCAGCGUCCUUAGGAAAGAAACCGAUUUUGCAAACAAUUCACAUCAGCAACACAGUAACUUUGGAAGUUCAGAAAGUGAAUGACAUAGGUGACAUUUCAAAUGUAGAGGCGUUGAUUGUGCCAGUGAACCCAUCAGGAUUAAAUGAAAUAGCCGAUGAGGUGGAAAGGUCGAUACCUCAAGAAUAUCAGAUAUCCUUUCUUGAAAAGAAAACUUCAGGGAUUAGAACGCACAGCAGGUCUGGUGAAAGUUUUGUUUUGCAUGGUUACAGUUCUGGCUUUAAAUACCUGAUAUUUGUUGUCAUGCCAGAAGGAUGUAUGGAUGGAAUCAGUCUUCAACAGAUGUUUUCAGAAAUAUUUGAACUGUGCAAAGGGCGCUCAAUCCGAUCACUGGCAACAUUUCUUCUUGGCUUCGAUAAGGAUGAGAAUACCAUAGCCAACAUGGAUGUUACGGCUGAGGAUGGAGUGACCAUGAUGGUGCAAGCAUUGAUGGAUAGUUUGAAGGAGUUCUCCAAGGAAGGACAGGCACUGCAAACUGUUUUGCUUUGUAAAACUCCAAAAAUGUAUGAGGCGAUAUCAUUAUCUAUGGCUUUAGGACAAGAUGACAAAAAAAGUGGAAAAGGCACAGAAGUCAAAAGUGAAGAUAGUGGACCGUCGACAUAUGUGGAUGAAACAAAUGAUUGUGUGAUAUGUAUGGACACAAUUAGUCUCCCAAAGACGUUGAUAUGUGGACAUGUUUUUUGUACUGAAUGCAUUGAUCAGUGCUUCAAAAUCGGAAAGGUAGUGUGCCCAACCUGCUUUAGAGUCGUCGGUAAAAUCACAGGCGAUCAACCCAGCGGAACUAUGACAGUAUACAGUUCAGCCUACAAUGAUUGUGCAGGAUAUCAUGGACAAGGAAAGAUAACAAUUACCUACAACUUCCCUGAUGGUUUGCAAGAGAGUAAUCACCCGUCUCCUGGACAGCCAUACCGAGGUAUUAGAAGGACAGCUUACUUUCCAAACAAUGAUGAAGGGCGAACCGUUUGCCGAAUGCUGAAAGUUGCUUUUAGACGAAAACUUGUCUUCACCAUUGGACGAUCUAGAACUACAGGCCAUGAUGGUGUGAUAACUUGGAACGAUAUUCAUCACAAGACCGAUCCUUUACCGGGCAAACAGUUUGGGUACCCUGAUCCGUCCUACCUGACGCGUGUUACAGAAGAGCUGGCAGCGAAGGGUAUAACAGAAAAAGAUAUUGACAGUCGUCAGCCAAUUGACGGAAAAAUAAACAUAUAACUCGUUACCGUUGAAAAAGUGGAAACAUUUCAAACAUUUAUGACACCAUUACAGAUAUCAACGUUUGCACUGUAUUUUAAUGUCUUGGAAUAGGUCAUGAUUAUAGACUACCGGUAUUCUAGAACAAGCUAUUAACUGGAUGUGUAAGUAUAUCAGCAAUUAAAGGCCAUAUUAAAAAUAAGAAAAUGAACUUAUUAUUGGCAUAUAGAGAGGUGGUCUCAGCUAUCACCAUAAGAAUGACACUGGCAGGAAGAUGAUGUGGGGUGUUUUAUUUGUGAAUGUGUAAUAAGGACCAUUACACUUUCCAUAUCAAAUAUGAUGUAGCUUAUAUUAAAUUUAAUAUAUUUUUAACAGUUUGGGACAUUGUAUUAUGAAAUGGGUUUGACCUAUAGUGUAUUUAGUAGUUGUUGUUAUAUGCUCUUGUAAAGAAAUCAAUUGUAGGCUCUAUUAAAUAUGUAAGUGAAAUUAUAAAUAUAUAUAAUGUAAAAAUUAUAUUGAGCAUGGAUAAGUCGUUCAGCAUAUACUGUUAUGAAAGUGUGAUUUGUAUGAUUUUCUUCAUUGUUUUAUGAAAAUGUGAUUUGUAUAAUUUUCUACGUUAAUUUUUUUGAAUAUAUAUGUUCAACUCCGGAUUUUCAGCGAAAACCGGGUCAUUAGAAUGGUGUGUGUAGUUUGGUGGGCGGUCGGGCGUGUGGUCGUCAAAUUAGGGGGUUCCAGCAAAUAAACUUUGUUUCGUUCAUAAUGUGUACACCAAACUUGGUGUAUAAAAACAUAUGGAUAUUUAGGUGGGAUUUAUUUUGUGUCAACAUUACUAAAAAUAGAAAUAUGGUUUCCGGCGAUUAAUUUUGGUUUCAUUACAUACGGACACCAACAUUGGUGUAUAUUAAGAACAUAUGAAGAGCUUGCUUGGGAUUGCCUUUGGGUCAGUUUCGUCAAAGGUCAAGGUGGCCAUUACUUAAAAUAGAAAUUAUAUUUGCCACAAAUAACUACAAUUUCUUUCAUUUAAUGGUAUAGUAAGAACAAUCGGAGAGCUCGAUUUCGAUUGCUGUUGGGUGCGUUCGGUCACAGGUGAAGGUAACCGUUACUAACAAAAUAUAAACUUCAUCACAAUAUUGUUACAUUAUUCCAUAGUUAUGAUCCUGAAAACAAAUUAUGGCCCCUUUUAAAGUCUUAGGGCCCUUUUGUGUCCGUUAAUGUUUUAGGGCAAAUUGGGAUUUUCAUUAAUUUCUUCAUCACCUUUCAAUCGAUUUACAAAAUACUACACACAUUUGUUUACAGCCAACACACAAUUAGGUUACAUAACUCCAUAUUAUCUUAAAAACAUUGUUUUUACUUAAUCACUGGCUUUUACGAAAGUGAUAUUUCCUGACCAAGAAAAAGUAAGUAAUAUUAAACGAUUGUGAAUGACUUGUCAGCUAAAUUAACAAAUACUUUCCAAAAGAUUCCAUUUAACGACGAUGAUUCCUGAGCAAUCAAAUUUUACUUUGAACGAUCUGAACAAUUCCCUCUGUUGAACCAUACCUUAUUUUCAUGAGUGGCAAAUUCUUUAUCGUAUAUUUAAAGUGUAUGGCCAUGUUAGGGGUGUGUAUAGUCACCGUUACGGAUGUAGUAACUUUAAGACUGCCUGUAAGAGACCAGCAAACAUUGGUACGCGACAAAUCGGCAUAUGAAUAAAUACAUAAUGCACACCAUUUGGGGCUCAACAUUAUUGUUUGUUUGUUGUCUUAAGUAUACGUUAACACUAUUAUUCAGUGUUAGCAUUUUAAAUAUUGUGGUUUAAAAUCGUUUUGUGUGUAUAAUUUGUGUUGUGCUUAUUAUAACAUAUUCAAGAUACAUGUAUGAUCGUAUGUGUAAGCAAGUCGAUUUUAUUGUUUUCUUUAGGAUAUUUUAAAAAAAAUGAUCAUUGAAAAUAAA